AUGACGAAUGCUGGAAUCAAUACUCGAUCCAGUAGAAAUGUUUUGAAAGAGUUUGGUAAAUUCAAGGGUGUGGUAACCGUUGCGCCAAUAGAAAAAAGACAAGUCAAAUUUGAAAGUUGGGCGAGAAACCUGG